AUGCUGGCAGCAGCCAAGGAAACCUCAGCUGGUCCUCAGCAGCCUGCACCUUCCAUUACCAACACAACCACAACAGCAUCAUCAACCAACGACGAAGAAGUGAAUAGGAUGGCUCAACCUAAAUCUGGCAUUCCAAAGAUAGCGGCGGUUCCGCUAAAGCCAACUUCCAACAUCAACUUCCAACCCGUCUCGACAAACCCGGGCAAAUCAAGAAGAUUGAAAAUCAAUGUCUUGUUGGAUGCUACAAUAUUUGUCGCAGGUGGAACUCUACAUGGAAGACUGGAAUUGACCUGCUCUACUUCGAGAUCAAUCAGAAUGGGGCUCAUCGAGGUCCAGCUACAAGCAUAUGAAGGCAAGUCGUAUGUCAAAGCUCCGAAUGAUCAAAUAAAUGACAAGGAACUGGCCUCUAGUCAAUCAUUCCUCUCUUCGAAUAUCGUAUUCCAAGGUCCUAGGACACCGCCUUCCAACGCCGUGCGAGGUCCAAAUGAAGAUGGAUUCUGGCAAGCCAACAAGGGCAAAACAACAUUCCCCUUCUCCUUCAGACUACCAGAAGACUCGCCGAGCUCAUUCACCUUUCAAACAAUGGCAGCAUUGAAAUACGUCAUUACAGGGGUAGUGCAAUACGAAGAAAACUCCCAGAUUGAGACCAUGUUCAAGUCAAAAGACGCCUUUGUAGUUGAGAACUGGAAGACUACUCAUCCAAAUAUUGUCGAUAUCGAAGUCACGGACGAAACUGUUGGGCAACUAUUCAUGGGUGGAAUCGGUCAAGUCACUCUCCAAGGAGCUAUUCGUAAAUGCUUCUUUCAGUCUGGCAGUGAUGUAUAUGUUGAAACUCGUGUCAAGAAUGAUACUCGUCGAAGAGUACAAGGUUUGAAGGUCCAGCUCGUUCGAAAGCUAGUCAUGCUUCGUCAAAGCAACAAACGAGGACCUCUCGAUACCAAGGUUAUUGCAGAGCCAGUGUCUGAAGCAAUCUUCCGUGAACGUGACAAUAUAUAUGAUCCUGGUGAAGAUCGCUCAAACGUCUUGCAUGUGCACAUUCCACCAUAUGUCAGAACAGUAUCGAAUACAGCUUUGGCUGAAGUUGCUGUGUCUCUUCAAGUCAUCAUUAGCAUGGGAAUGCUCAGCAAGGACAUUAUGAUUGAAUUACCCAUUGAUGUCUGUCAUGGUGCUUCCGUAAAUCCACCACCAAUCGUUGACCUUGCAUCCAACCUUCAUCCUUUCCAAUAUAAUAUGAUUGAUGACCAAGAUGUUAGUCCUGAUCGAACUACUGGUGAAGGAAGUCGCCGAAAUCAAGUAUCGCCUACUCGUGCAAAGAGACCAGAAUCACCUCCACCUGGUGGACGUGUGCUUCCUUGGAGUGACGAUGAAGGAGACGAUGAUGGUUAUCAAUCACCUGUGCAAUCUGGCUCUCACUCAGCUUCACCAACACGCCAAUUGUCACCAGAUAGAUUCCCACGUCCUGCUGGUCCUUCUGCCCGUAUUCCAAAAGCUCCUACACUUGGUCCAGCAGCCCCUGUUGCAUAUGUGCCCGCUACAGAGAGAUCUCGUUAUUUGACUGGAAUUCCGCCACAGCAGCGAUAUAGAACAUCAAGAGCCUUCAGUCCUGCACGGGAAUCGGUUAUGCUAGGCACAUAUACAACUGAAGGUGCAUAUAUUGAACAACCGAAGGUCACCAAUGCCAAUGAAGCUAGUAGCUCUACGCAACAAUCUGCUGAUCGACCACCCUCGAGUCCUAUACGUCCCGCACGUCCAUUACCACAACCUAUGCCAGCUGCCAAUAAUACUCAACCUAUAACUCGUCUACCAAAUAAUACUCAACCGAAGCCAGUCAGUGCUCAACCCAUCACUCGUCUGCCUACAAAUACUCAACCACCACAAGCUAGAAAGCCUGACAUGGAUCGACGUGAACCGAAAGUAGUCGCUCGGGCAGCUGAGGGUGUCUCCAAUGAGUCAAAACCUCCCAAGGAAUCUGGUCAUAGACGUGAAGAUAGACAGGAGAGUGACGCCGACAGGGAACGCAGGCAUAGAGAACGCCGUGAGCGCCGUGAUAAAGAAGGUAGAGAAGAUCGUGAAAAGACUCGAGAAAAUGAACAGGACAACGCAGAUACGACCCGUGAAGAUGUUCGAGGUCAUCGAUCUCAUCAUCACCACCACCAUUCAGAAAAGAGUCGAGAUCGAAGAGCCAAGUCGAGUCAAAGAAGCCGUGAGGGUAAACAAGAGGAUGAACUGAAACGAGAACCGAGCCGUGAAGAACGAGGUAGACGUGAACGUCGAGAAGAACAUAAACGUGGAGAAGAGAGGCCUCGAAGUGCAAGGAUUCUGUUUGAGGAAGAGGUCAGCAAGACUGUACGAGCAAAGGAACAACAAGGUCGAGUCAAAGAUGUCAAAUCUCCCACACAACAAGGCCCACAGCAUGCGGUCUCCCCAAAGAUCCAGGCGCUCAUUCAAAAAAUAGACCAAAGGCAAUAG